GGAUUAAUUUUGUUUCUGGUUAACAUUAUAAUCUUAUAUAUAUUUAUUUACAAACAAAAUAAAUGUGUUCGUGUGUCUCAGUAUAGUAUUUAAUCAAGAUUGAAGUUAGUUAGUAAGGGGAAAAAUUAAAUAUACGAAGAUCGAGCGAGCUUAUAGCUGAUAAGAACGUUGCCCAGCUCUUCAUUCAUCCAUUUAAGGUCCGGCCUAUUAGGUGUUUUGUGCUAAUCGGAAAUCAGUCAUGGAAGAGAAUGGGGGACAUUACUUCGAAGGUGUAGAGAAACUGGUGGAAGUAUGGUUUGUCGACCCUCCAGGAGACCAAGAAAAUGUUGAUCUAAGAACCAUUACGAAAGAUGUAUGGGAUGAAUUGCUAAAAGCCGUAAAAUGUGAAAUAAUCAGUUUCACAAAAAAUGAUGAAGUGGAUGCAUAUGUUCUCAGCGAAUCUAGUAUGUUUAUCUCAAAGCGCAGGUGGAUAUUGAAGACCUGCGGCACUACUACCCCGUUAAAUUGUUUGAAACCAGUGAUGAAGUUGGCCGCUGAAAUGGGUUUUACCGAAAUUUCCGACUUUUUCUAUUCCCGCAAGAAUUUUUCUCGACCUGACCUGCAACAUUUACCUCAUCGUUUGUUUUGUGAGGAAGUCAAGUUCCUGGAUACCAUUUUUGAGGGUGGCCAGACCUACUGUUUGGGACAAAUCAACAAAGAUUGCUGGUAUUUGUACACCUUGAGCCAUCCCGAGAGAGGCAGAGAUGAUGACAGGCCCCUUAUUGAAUUGCCAAAAGUAGAGAUGAAAGGUUUAUAUGAACCUGAUCAAACUAUAGAAAUUAUAAUGGAAAAUCUUGAUCCUAAUAUAAUGAAUAUAUUCACAAAAACCCGAUGCACAGAUGGCAAGGAUGCUACAAUGACUAGUAAGAUUAAUGAAAUUCUUCCCGACAUGGUUAUUGACGAUUUCCUAUUUGAACCCUGCGGAUACUCAAUGAACGGAAUUAAUAAUCAUGGAGAAUACAUGACAAUUCACAUUACACCGGAAAAAGAAUUUUCCUAUGUGAGUUUUGAAAGCAACGUCUCUAUGAAUAACUACACGGAAUUAAUAACGCGUGUUAUACACACAUUUUUACCAUCGAAAUUCAUUAUAACCAUAUUUGCCAACAAAACUUCAGAGGCUUAUGCCACCAUACGUGAAUUGGAGUACAACAACUAUGUCCAGUGGCAGAGAGCCGAAAUGCAAUGCUGUAAUUUUCCUUCCUACAACCUGUUGUUUGCAACUUAUACAGCAUGUCGAAAUGAAAAAAUUGAAAACGGAUGUUGAUGUUACCAUUGGAUCGAUCGGUGCGAACGAGAUAGUGGGCCAUAAUGGAAUUUAUCAGUAAAUGAGCCUAAGAGACUAAGGCAGUCGCAGGUGUACACUUGUUGAAACAUGCUUCAUUUUAUGUUUUUGUUUAAUUUUAGUUUGUUUAAAAUUAAGUUAACUAAAUGUAUUUAGUUUAAAAUACCAAAAAGAAAAAAAUGUGCAGAAAUGUGACAAAAUUAAAGUGAAACUUUAAAGCAAACCUAUAA